CAUUCAAAUACAUAAUGCAAAAAGUAAUCACAAUUGUGGCUGUUCUACUCGCUGUGGUCAGCGCCGAACUGCAUCGCGUCCCUUUGCUGAAGGUGGAGAACUUUGUGAAGGCCGAGGUGGAGCAUCUGCGUGCAAAGUAUGGACUGGCCCAGACCUCUUCUAGUAACCACGAACACCUCUGCAACGACAGGAACUUGGCCUACUAUGGUGUCAUCUCCAUUGGCACACCAGCCAAGGACUUUAAGGUGAUCUUCGAUACCGGUUCGUCCAAUCUGUGGGUACCUUCGAAAAAAUGUAGGACGAAGGCAUGCAAAGUGCACAAUCAAUACGACUCAAGAGCGUCCUCCAGCUAUGUAGCGAAUGGCACGAGAUUUUCCAUUAGGUAUGCCAGUGGCAGCUUGUCCGGAUUUUUGUCCACCGAUACCGUCAAUGUCAAUGGAUUGUCCAUCGCUAAUCAGACCUUUGCUGAAGCCACCAAUGACCCCCGUGGCAAUUUUGAAACCGAUAAGUUCGAUGGUAUUCUUGGCAUGGGAUAUCAGAAUAUUUCUCAGGCCAAUGUUGUGCCUCCCUUCUACAAAAUGGUCUCGCAGGGACUUGUUAAAAAUCCGGUAUUCUCUUUCUAUUUGGCUCGUGCUGGCACCUCCAGUAAUGGCGGUGAAUUGAUCUUCGGUGGUUCCGAUCCGUCGCUGUACAAGGGAAACCUCAUCUAUGUGCCCGUUUCUUAUCAGGGAUACUGGACAUUCACCAUGGCUAGUGUCUCUGUCGAUGGUCAUUCGCUGUGCAACAAUUGUCAGGCUAUUGUUGAUACCGGCAGCUCGGUGAUUUUUCCCCCUUUAGAUGCCUAUAAGCUGUUGCGCCAGAUCCUCAAUAUGAGAGAUGACGGCUCGGUCGAUUGCUCCAGUGUCAGCUCGAUGCCUGUCAUUACCUUCAAAAUUGGCACCGGCAAAUUCACUCUGACACCAUCUGCAUACAUUAUUAAAAUCAAAAACCAGUGCAUGUCAGCUUUCGUAUUUACGGGCAUCGAUAUCUGGAUCUUGGGCGAUGUCUUCAUUGGACAAUACUACACUGAGUUUGAUAUGGGAAAUAAUCGCAUUGGUUUCGCUCCAGUUGCUUAAGCAAUUAAACUAUCACUGAUGACAAUUGAAAAUCAUAUCUAAUGCAUAAUAGGUAAUUUUAAGUUGUGUUCAAAAUUUUGUUCAAUAUGUCAUAUGGC